ACCGAGGGGCACUGGGACUCAGGGCUUGGUCAUCCCCCUGCCUCCUCAUUGGUUGGUGGGCUCCAGGGCUGCGAGGGGCGCCUUUGAGUGGUAGGCACUGGAGUGGGGAAGCAAGAAGGGCUGGGAGUGGAAAGGUCAGGCAGCUGAGUCCCCCUACGGAGUCUCCGCGUUCUGCUCCCAGGGUGUUGAUCAGCUCCCAAGUGGGAUGUAAGGUCUUGGGUGUCUCCCCACCUCUCCACGGCCUGAGGCAGACCACAGCUGGGGGCUACAUGUGGGCUAUGGAGGUGGUGCUCUGCUCCUUGAUGGAGCUGGAGAGAAUGCGUGGCACACACAUGUGUGCACCAGUGUCUGUGCUCAUGAGUGUGCACUGGAGGUGUCUGCGGGUAUGUACCUGUGCUGGCUUGCGUCUAAGCACAUGAGUGUGCUAGUGACAGCUCACACAGUGCCUGGGUUUUCAGAGUGUCAGAACUUCUGAUCCUUGGGGCCCCCUCCACUGUGAGACUGACAGGAGUGCAGGGGAGGGGGCUGGCUGGCUUCUCCUCUCAUCCCUCUGGCUCUAGAGCUGUGGUCUUGGAAGCAACAUGGCUGAUGUGGUACCAGACCCAGGAAGGGGAAGGCUUCCUCAGGACUAGGAACUGGGGUCCUCUACAAAGUGGCUGGUGACAGAAAGCACGCUGACGGUGGGAAGACCUUGCCACACUCCCCUGAGCUCCUUCCCUUGGACUCCACAACUCCAUCUGCUGAGUCUGCUGGGCAUCCAGGGACCUGGGAAAGGCCCAGGCAGGAAGAAGGGUGGUAGCAGAAGCCAUUGGGAAGCCGAGCCUGGUGACCAGUUGGCAUCCCCCUUCUAGGCUCUGAACUUUGGGACUAUAAAUUUUAAUUUAAAAAGAAAAGGCAGAGAAAGACAUGGGAAAUGCAAAUCAUUGGCUCUCUUAAAAGGAAAUUUAUUUUGUCCUGGGCACGGAGGGCCAAGUGACAGAUGGAAGGCCCUGGAAGACACAUAAUCCGGAGUCAGCCAGGGGCAGUGCCAUUGGCCUGGGCCUUGGCCCGAGACUUGGGUUGGGCUGACCUGGGCCUGGCCUAUCCGUCUGUGGGGUGGGGGUUCUUUUCAGGGCUCGCUGUUGGCAGAGGGUCUGGAGCCGCCUGACAUUUUCCACUGGAGUCAGACUUGGGCAAUCUCGUGGCCUGGGAAGGACAGAGAGGCACUCAGUGCAGGCUCCGGACGCAGUACAUGGCCCUCCAGCUGCUUCCAAGCACAGCAUCACAGCGGCCAGAGGACCCCGAGAGCUCCCGAGCUCAUGAUCUGGAGUGGACGAAAGAGGGCAGGGGUUGUGAUGAGGGCAAGGGUCUUCCUGAGCUUCCGUGUUCUCCUGUGUCUGUGGGGUAGCCCCAUCAGACUCCAUCGGGGGCCCCUUCCCCGUCAAUUCUCACAGAUGCCACCACAAGCAGAAGCACUGCCCACCAGUGCUACCCAGCGGGGGGCUCCCGGCCACGCCGCUGCUCUUCCACCCACACACCAAGGGCUCCCAGAUCCUCAUGGACCUCAGCCACAAGGCCGUCAAGAGGCAGGCCAGCUUCUGCAACGCCAUCACCUUCAGUAACCGCCCGGUGCUCAUCUAUGAGCAAGUCAGGCUAAAGAUCACCAAGAAGCAGUGCUGCUGGAGCGGGGCCCUGCGACUGGGCUUCACGAGCAAGGACCCAUCGCGCAUCCACCCGGACUCGCUUCCCAAGUACGCCUGCCCCGACCUGGUGUCCCAGAGUGGCUUCUGGGCCAAGGCGCUGCCUGAGGAGUUUGCCAACGAGGGCAACAUCAUUGCCUUCUGGGUGGACAAGAAGGGCCGUGUCUUCUACCGCAUCAACGACUCGGCCGCCAUGCUCUUCUUCAACGGGGUCCGCACGGCUGACCCACUCUGGGCCCUGGUGGAUGUCUACGGCCUGACGCGGGGCGUCCAGCUGCUAGACAGCGAGCUGGUGCUGCCUGAUUGCCUGCGGCCGCGCUCCUUCACCGCCCUGCGGCGGCCGUCACUGCGGCGCGAGACCGACGAGGCGCGCCUCUCGGUGAGCCUGUGUGACCUCAACGUGCCGGGCGGCGACGGCGACGACGGCACGCCGGCCGCUGGUUGCCCGAUCCCGCAGAACUCGCUCAACUCGCAGCACAGCCGCGCGCUCCCCGCGCAGCUCGACUGCGACCUGCGCUUCCACCCGCUGCGCGCCGGCGCUCACGUCCGCAUUCUGGACGAGCAGACGGUGGCGCGCCUGGAGCACGGGCGCGACGAGCGCGCGCUUGUCUUCACCAGCCGGCCGGUGCGCGUGGCCGAGACCAUCUUCAUCAAGGUCACGCGCUCGGGCGGCGCGCGGCCCGGCGCGCUCUCCGUUGGUGUCACCACGUGCGACCCUAACACACUGCGGCCAGCCGACUUGCCCUUCAGCCCCGAGGCCCUGGUGGACCGCAAGGAGUUCUGGGCCGUAUGCCGCGUGCCAGGGCCACUGCACAGCGGCGACAUCCUGGGGCUGGUGGUGAAUGCCGACGGAGAGCUGCACCUCAGCCACAAUGGUGUGGCCGCUGGCAUGCAGCUGUGCGUGGACGCCUCGCAGCCUCUCUGGAUUCUCUUUGGCCUGCAUGGGGCCAUCACGCAGGUCCGCAUCCUCGGCUCCACCAUCCUGGCCGACAGAGGCAUCCCAUCGCUCCCCUGCUCCCCGGCCUCCACACCAACCUCACCCAGUGCCCUGGGCAGCCGCCUGUCUGAUCCCCUGCUCAGUGCGUGCAGCUCUGGCCCUCAGGGCAGCUCUGCGGGUGGGACAGCCCCCAACUCACCGGUGAGCCUGCCUGAGUCUCCAGUGACCCCGGGCGUGGGCCAGUGGAGUGAUGAGUGCACGAUUUGCUAUGAGCACGCGGUGGACACGGUCAUCUACACGUGCGGUCACAUGUGCCUCUGCUAUGCCUGCGGCCUGCGCCUCAAGAAGGCCCUGCACGCCUGCUGCCCCAUCUGCCGCCGCCCCAUCAAGGACAUCAUCAAGACCUACCGCAGCGCCUAGCCCUGAGGGCCCCUCUGUAGACAUCAGCCGGCUGCUGCUGAGGGCCAAGCCCAGGGCCGCUUCUCUUCCUCAUCCUCCUCCAUUAGACACAGGAACCCGAGGCUCCUGAAGGCUUGGGCACAGAGCAGGUCCGAGGCAGGAAGGCGGGGGCAGAAGCACAUCACUGGGCAGAGAGGGGAGAAGGCCACACUCCCCAGUCUUUCCCUUCUUUGCAUCAGUUCUUCCCUGCAUGACAAGGGGCUAAACUGAGGUCAGCCUGUCCUAUACCUUCCCAAUCUGGGGCAGAUUCUAGGAGGUCCCUGUAGCCCAUGUGGCACCUUGGUGAGAAUUAAAAAGUGUGGAUCUUCUAAUGGACAGAUGCUGCCCUAAGCCAGGGCAUGUGGCUUGGUCAGUGGAGUAGGGACUGGAUUUUAGCCUCCAUUUUCUCCUUUAGCCAGUGACUCUUGAGCAGUGCACAACCUGCUCAACAGCAGCCCACAAUGGGCGGCUCCUGGGUUGCUCACUCUGAUCUGGACCCACCUUCUCUUUCCCCUCUUCUCUGCCUAUUGGGACUGGCAGCAGGGGACAAGAAGGCCAGUUAACUCUUCUUACCCCAGGCUGUGGAGGGCUCUAGGUUCUGGAUCCCUGGCCCUGCUGGGCUGAAAGGACUCCUUCCUAGCCAUGGUUCUGUCCCAAUCAUCUCGCCCUUGCCCUUGUGCAGGAGUGUCCUUUGGUAUGGGGUGGGGACAGGUAUGUCUUUGGUGAAGGUCUCUAAGCACAGGUCUUCAGCUACCCCCACCCCCACCUGUCCUCCCGCAUCUCAGUGCUGGCCUGGGCCCAGGACGACCUCAGAGGCUGUACUGUGCCAAGGAAGGGCCGUGGCUCCUGGUGAAGGGGGGAAUCCCUAACUAUGACCAGCCUUUUCCCUUAUUUUAAUUUAUUUAUUUAUUUGGUUGGUGGGUUUUAUUGGUUUGUGGGUGAGUUCCCAUCUCCUGGGCCCCUAGAAAUGCCAUCCUGUAUAUGGGUGCUGGCGAGGGGACAGUAGUGGUUAUCAUCACUCAGAUCUUCCCCAGGCCCCAUCUGGGAAGCUCACGGCCAGUCUAAGUUGGAACUCCAUCUGAAAGGGCCAACUUGGGCCACUUCCUGGCAAAGGGUGUCCAUUUUGUAGAGAGGCACACGGAAUGUCCACAGUGCCCUGGGGCUGGUAGGUCACCCAGCACCAUGAAGUGCCCUUCCUUCCCGAGCAGAAGCUGGGUUAUCUUGGUGGGCUCUGGAAUUGCAAAUGGCCCAGGAGUCUCCUUUCCAUAAGGACAUCAAAUGCUCCAAGAGGGCGCAGGCAGGGAGCCCAGCAUGGGCCAGCGAAGGACCCGGGGACCCUUGUCGUAGGAGGGCAGGGAACCUGCUCUGGGAAAGGCUCUCCACCCUGGAGCAAGGUCCUGGCUCCCGCCCUACCUGUUCUGAGGUUGUGGUCACCUCAGCCCUGCCCACCUGUUCUGGGCUGGGCCAGUGCCGUCUUGGCCUAGCCCCCUGCUUCCCAGCCUCCUGUCAUCAGGUGACUCUAGUGUACCCUCAGAGACAGCCUCUCCCUUGACCGGCAGAGCCUGGGGUUCUAGCCCUGGCCAGGCGGCUGCCCUGAGCCUCAGCUUCCUGUGUGAGGUGGCUGUUUGGGGGGGCAGACUUUCUGUAUGGCUCUUGGGAGUUCUCUGUGGGGUAUUGCCAAGAGGUGGUGUGAUGGAAGCAUGGGACAGGACUCUUGGCCAGACAGGCACCUGCGCUGGACUUACAGGCACCUUGGGGAAGUCCCUGGACCACUCUGGGUCUUGCCUUCCCAGCCCCUGCCUCUCAGACCUGCGGCAGGAGUGGGCUGGGGCCAGCAGGUGGCCCCAUCAGUCAGACAGGCACAGGUCCCAGAGGUGAAAGGUCCAAGUGCAUGCAGGGGUAGCCGCUGCCUCACACCUUUGUGAACUCCCCCAUGGGGUCGCUGUGAUUGUGAAUAAAGGUGAUUUCUACCA